CUUCUUCCUCUACACUUCAUCCCAUCUCCUCUUCUUCUGGUCUUCCUCUUCCUUCUGUCUCCUCUUCCUCGUUUUGAUAAACUUAAUAGAUUCUUUAUACAAUGUUGGCCGCAGGAGCUGCGCGCGCACUGACGUCUCGCGUGUGUUUAUCGCCGUGUGCCGCGGUGUCUGAUGGGAUUGCUCCGCCGCUGGUGUGGUAAUGUCCGCCAUGUUUUCCACGGUGCAGCGUCCCGUUAAAGCCGCUAACCGGUGAGUCCUCACGCCGGUUCCCGGAGCAGCUGAUGCCGGUGAGCUCACGCGGACACGUGGUAUCGGUGCGGGGUCGUGCGGGGUCCACGCUUCCCUCGAAUCGGCGCUGAUUUGGCGCAAACCAUGAGCAAACUGUCGUUCCGGGCGCGCGCGCUAGACGCUUCCAAACCGCUCCCGGUGUACCGGAGCAGAGACCUGCCGGACCUCGCGGACUGCGGGUCCAUCAACCGGGCCGUCCCGCAGAUGCCCACCGGGAUGGAGAAGGACGAAGAGCUGGAGCAUCACCUGCAGAGGGCGAUCUCAGCCAAGCAGGUGUUCAGGGAGAAGAAGGAGAACAUGGUGAUCCCUGUGCCUGAAGCAGAGAGCAACGCCACCUACUACGACCGUCUGUACAGAGGAGACGUCAAGGUCCCCAAGCAGCCCAUCCACAUCCAGCCUUGGGGUCUGGACCUGGACCAGCCAGACUACGACAUGGACUCAGAAGACGAGACCCUGCUCAUCAGACUCAACAGAAAGAUGGAGAUCAGACCUCUGCAGUUCGAGACCAUGGUGGACCGACUGGAGAAGGCCACAACACACCAGCUGGUCUCUCUCUCGGAGGCGAAGCUGCUGCUGAACGAGGACGACUUCCUGCUGCAGUCGGUGUACGACUACUGGGUGAGGAAGAGGAGGAGCUAUGGAGCUCCGCCUUUUCGCUGUGGAGCUCCGCCUCUUCGCUGUGGAGCUCCGCCUCUGACGCCUCGAGUCAAACAGGAGAGAAGAGACGGCUCCACCAACGGCGACGCCUACGUGGCCUUCAGGCGCAGGACGGAGAAGAUGCAGACCAGGAAGAACCGUAAGAACGACGAGGCGUCGUACGAGAAGAUGCUGAGGCUGAGGAGAGAGUUCAGCCGGACUGUCAGCAUCCUGGAGAUGAUCAAGAGGAGGGAGAAGUCCAAGAGAGAGCUGCUGCACCUCACCCUGGAGGAGGUGGAGAGGAGGUAUCAGAUGGAAGACUUCAGUGGUGAAACUCUCAGAGAGGUUUCACUCCCUCUGGUGGAGAAACCAGCGUACAGCAUCCCGGUUACUCUGAACAACAGACACAGAACUGACAUCAAGACUGUGUUUCAGAAGAAGCCGGUCUCGGUAACAGACCAGCUUCCCUUCAACCUGAUGCGGCCGAAGCAGACCGCCAGGCGGGACCGAGCGGGUCCUCCUCAGAGGCGUCCGUGCCGCCCGGCCGGCCCCUUCACCGUCAACAAGGCCGACAUCCAGCAGUACGACUUCCACAGCUCCGGAGAGGAGGACAGCCCCCCUCCGCCACUGUCUCCUUCGUCUUCAUCUGAAGAAGAAGAAGAAGAAGAAAAUCAUCCUGAUGGAGUCUACGUCUUCAGGAGAAAAGCUGGAUGUCAAUAUCUAUCACCGGGGACGAAGCAGGCGGGUGGAGUCGACCCGGCGCUCCUCCAGCUCCCUCCGUGUGUCCGUCACUCUCUGGCUGAGCUGAUUCUGCCUCCUCAUUGGACGGGACUGAGCCGCCGCCGGAUAGGACGGGGGGGCAGGAUCCUCCUGGACCGAGCCUCCUCGGUUCUGGAUCCGGUACUGAAGCAGCUGGACCAGAAACCCCCCCUGACCUCAGGAGCCACCGCCGCCUCCCUGACUGAAGUCCUGAGCAACAUCCAGACCCUGAGGAGGUUCUGUUUCAGACCCAGACCGGUUCAGGGCCCGAGGGAGGGCGGCACGAGGACCACAGAGUCCUCUCUGGAGGACAACAGAGUCACCUGUUGCCUUUCACCUCGCAAUAACUCAGCAGGGGGCAUCACAGAGGAGCAGUACCACAUCCACCAGAGGCAGCUCAUCCAGAUGCAGAAGCAACAGCUGGAGAAGCUGCAGAACCCAGUUUUAUAUAGACACCCAGCACCCUGCGGAACACAGUCCACCAAGUCCAGUGAGUCCAGUUCAAAGACGUUGGACUCGGCCAGCGCUCAGUUCGCAGCCUCGGCCGUGAUCAGCGCUGCUCCUCCUCCUCCUCCUCCUCCUCCUCCUCGAGGUCACGUCACCACUGAGAACAAACCCUACAAGGCCAACGGGGUCCUCCAUCCUUCAGGUCCCUCCAGGCCUCCGUACUCUUCCUCCUCGUCUCUCAGCCGGUUAGGGCUUUCAGCUCGGGGGUCCUCCUCCUCCUCCUCCUCCUCCUCCUCCUCCCCCCAGUCCCUUCCUAACCAGAGGAACCAAUUGGGAUCCGUCUCCUUGACUCACCAACACACUGCUCGACCCUCCGUCCCCCCAACGUCUGCCUUAAAGCUCGCUGCUGCUGCUGCUGCUGCCGCCACUGCCAGCCUCGACCGAGCACCCAAAGUCUCCACCGCCAGAGACUCUCAUGAGUCGGAGAGACCUCUGAACGGACUGUCAGAGACCACACUGCCCAUGGAGGUCACAUAACACCUCACACCCUCCUCCUCCUCCUCCUCCUCCAUCACCCUCCUCCUCCUCCUCCUCCUCCUCCAUCACCCUCCAUCACCCUCCUCCUCCUCCACCACCCCCCUCCUCCUCCUGUUCCUCCAUUACCCUCCUCCUCCUCCAUCACCCCCCUCCUCCUCCUCCUCCUCCAUCACCCUCCUCCUCCUCCUCCAUCACCCUCCUCAGUGACCGGUGAAUGUGACACUCCCUGACCUCCAGAAAAAGAAGAAAUGGUGUCAGAAUCAGAACAUUUUACUUAAUAGUUGUUGUUAUUGUUGUUAUUAUUAUUAUUAUUAUUAUUAUUAUUAUUGUACAGUUUGUAAAUGUCUUUGAUGUUAAAUAGUUUUUGUUUAUUUCAUCAGUUUGGUUUCUAAAGCAGAUUAUCAUGUGACUGGUCGGUUCACAGGAAGCCUUGUAUCUGUAUCUUGGCUCUGAUUGGUCCGUGAAGAGUCUGUAUCUUGGCUCUGAUUGGUCCGUGAAGAGUCUGUAUCUUGGCUCUGAUUGGUCCGUGAUGAGUCUGUAUCUUGGCUCUGAUUGGUCCGUGAAGAGUCUGUAUCUUGGCUCUGAUUGGUCCGUGAAGAGUCUGUAUCUUGGCUCUGAUUGGUCCGUGAUGAGUCUGUAUCUCGGCUCUGAUUGGUCCGUGAUGAGUCUGUAUUUCGGCUCUGAUUGGUCCGUGAUGAGUCUGUAUCUCGGCUCUGAUUGGUCCGUGAAGAGUCUGUAUCUCGGCUCUGAUUGGUCCGUGAAGAGUUUGUAUCUUGGCUCUGAUUGGUCCAUGAUGAGUUUGUAUCUUGGCUCUGAUUGGUCCGUGCUGAGUUUGUAUCUUGGCUCUGAUUGGUCCGUGCUGAGUUUGUAUCUUAGCUCUGAUUGGUCCGUGAUGAGUUUGUAUCUUGGCUCUGAUUGGUCCGUGAUGAGUUUGUAUCUUGGCUCUGAUUGGUCCGUGAUGAGUUUGUAUCUUGGCUCUGAUUGGUCCGUGAUGAGUCUUAUUUAUUUCUCAUGUUUACAUUUUGUAUUUCUUUGAAAUCAGAACGUGAGUGUUGAUUUUGUUUUUCCCAAAGAGGGAGAAUGAUUUAAAGAUGAUACUUGAUAUUUUUUUAAUGUUUUUUUUAAUAAUCUCUUCAUGGCCUUCUGAUCCUUUGAGCCCACAUUAAAAUAUGAAAACGAGACAUUGAUCUGCAGCUGCAACACAAAGUUUUUUAUAUUUUUAAACUAGUCGAGUGAAGAGGUUUCUGUGGUCCUUCAGUCUGAAUCAUGUGAAGAAGUGUGUGUGUGUGUGUGUGUCGUUCACACACUCCGCUCACUCUGUUAAAUAAAUAAAAAUGCAAUGACAGACCAA